AUGUCUGAGGUACAGACCAGACCGGCUGCCCCGCGCGGCCGAGGCUCUGGCCGUGGUGGCCGUGGCGGCUUUGCGACCCGAGGCGGAGGGCGCGCCGGUACUCGGCCUAGUGCCAAUGGCGAUUCCAAGCACGACACAGAUUCUUCUCUGCCGACACUUGAAGACGAGGGCGACGUCGGCCAACUGAAGCAGCAAUACGGCAGCAAGGUUGCCGUCAUCAAAGAGAUGUUCCCCGACUGGUCUUCGGUCGAUAUUCUAUUCGCCCUGCAAGAGACAGACGGCGACGAGAACUUGACCGUUACCCGCAUCGCCGAGGGGACCAUUUCACAGUGGGGCGAAGUCUCCAAGCCCAAGAAGGAGCGCACACGUCCCAAGGCCAAGAUCGACGCUUUCACGACUACAACCGGCGAAUCGAUCCCCGCCGGCGCACUCCGAAAUGCCCGAGGCGGGCGUGGUGCUGAAGGGGGCCGUGGCCGUGGCCGGGCUACCGAGCGUGGUGGUCGCGGUGGUGCGCGGGGCAAAUCGACCAGUCAAGGCACAACCAACGGCACCCGGCCCAAGGACACCGACCCUCUCUCGGUCCCGACCGAAGAAGCGUCCGAAUGGAAUACCAAGCUGGCCGACGAGGCGGCUGCAUGGGGCGAGCCUGCCGCGACGGAGACUACCGCUGCAACUGCGGCCGCUGCCGCCCCGAGCACGACUACCCCAGCUCCCGCUGCGAAGCCCGCUUCCACUUGGGCGAGUAUGCUGCGACAGUCGACGGCCCCUAAGCCGGCGCCGAAGCCUAAGGAGCCGCCCGUCAAGGCCCCAGAGCCUGUCAUUGAACCUCUUCCCGCGGCCGAGCCGACCGAACCUGAGCCCGAGCCCGAGCCUCCUGCGCCUGUCGAACUGCCGGCCGCUGCCGAGCCUGAGACAGAAACCAAACCCGCCGCCCCGGUCGAGCAUGUCACACCGGCCGUUCCAGUUAUCCCCGCUGUACCUGCCGUUCCAGCUGUCGUCGUUCCCGAGGUCGCGCUGGUGCCUUCGAAAGACCAACUCACCGAAACCAACCUUGACAAGAUCAAGGAUGAUUCCCAUCCUCCCGUGACCGAAACCGCCGCGAGCGAGGCCGCUGAUUCAUGGGACCCGCGUGGGACGGGCCCCGGCUCUGCUGGCACACCUCUUUCUGCCAGUCAACAGCGCGGCGCAGCAGCGAAGCCGCUAGCUCGCGCUGCUGUUCACCACCCCCGCCGCAUGCUCGACCAGCGUGAAGCCGUGCGCAUGCCUGGUAACCGUGACCAGGUCGACCGUGCUACCGUUCAGUUCGGUGCUUUCAGCCUCAAUGGCCCGAUUGAUGAUGAUGUCGAUGGAGACCGCGAAGAGCCCGAAACCCGUCCUCAGCCCCCCGAGGACUCUCCCGUCGCCCACCCCCGGACCUCACUUCCACCUGCGCAGCCGACUCCGGUGCCCGAUGCCUUCCCGGCUCAGAAGCCCGCCGCUGCGCAAAUUCCCACGGGGCCUGCUGCUGCUGCCCCUACCGCGCCCGCGGCCGGCACCCCGUCUGCUUCGCAGGCUACCGUGCAACCGCCUACCGCGCCCCAAAACAACCAACAAUUCGGCCGCUUCGGCCAGUCCGCUCCCCAGGAGCCCUCGUCGUUCCCGACGACCUCCAAGCCGUUCGAGCCAUUCAGCCAGCAACCGGCCGUGGCCUCGGCCGCGCAAAGCCAAUUCGAGGGCGGCUUCCAGGGCCAGGGCCAAAUCGCCCAGCCCCCGAGCCAGCAGCAACCUGGCGGCCCAUUCAGCUCGGCUCCCAGCGAUUUCUCGUCUUACUAUACGGCGGACCAGCAGAACCGCCUUAACUACUAUAACCAAAACUUUGGUCAGCAACAGGGCGCGCAGGGCCAGCAGGACGCCCUGUCGUCGCAACAGCCCCAGCGUUCGUUCAGUGGCUAUAACGGCCCCCAGAGCGACAACCUCAGCCAGUAUCCCCAAGGCGGCGCCCAACAGUCGCGCUUCGGGGCCAAUGCUACCGCCGAGUCGCAGGCCACCGGCACUCCGACCCCGAGCCAGGCCACUACAAGCCAGGCCCAGGCGGCCCCUACUACCCAGGCCCAGUCGCACACUCAGCAGCCCCACGAUUACCCGUACGGCAACCACCCGUACUACCAAAACCCGUAUUACUCUGCCUACCUCAACUACAACCAGGGGUACAACCAGGGCGGCUACGGCGGCCCCUAUGGCAAGGGCGGCCUGAACUACCAGCCCAGCCAAUACGGCAUUACUCCUCAGGGCCCUCACGGAUACUCGUCCCCGGCCGGCGGGUUUGGCCAGUCUGCCCUGCACCGUGACAGCAGCGGUGUGGGUGCCGCUGGCUUGGGCGACUACGGCCGCGCUGGCUCAGCUCAGUCCGGCCAGCAAGGUCUCGGUGGCAGCGGCUUCGGUGGUGUGCACGACACAUUCGGCCGCGGCGGAUCCAGCUACCAAUCCCAGGGUGCUGGACAGUCGUUCAACGCUCCCGGCUCGCAGCCCGGCUCCGGCCCUUCGGCGACCGACGACCUCAAGCCCUUUGGCGAGUCCAAGGCAGGUGCCGGUCCGAGCCCUUCCCUCGGUGCUUCCGCGCGCCCCGGCUCGGCGGCCAACAACGGCCCGUCGCAGUCCGGUCUCCCGCCUCCGCAGUCCAACCCGCAGAGCGCCGGCCUCGGCGGAAUUGGUGGAUAUGGCGGUUACCCGAGCCAUGUGCAGCAGCAACAGCAGCAGCAACAGCAGGCACACAGUCUGCAUGGCAACCAGUCGGGCGGCGCCGGUGGCUACGGCAUGAGCGCCAGCGGCGGCCAGUCCCACCAGAACAGCUACGGCGCUGGUGGCUACGGCACCCAAGGGUUUGCGGGAGGCGCCUACUACGGCAACGCCCCUCGUGGCUGGGGUAACAACUAUCACUUAGGAUGA